ACCCCGCUGCAUAUCAAUUACACUCUGUUGCUGUUCACCAUGGUCAAUUCUACCUCGACCCCAAAGCUGCGCGACAGCUGCGACGCUUGUGCUUCCUCAAAAGUCAGGUGCCACAAACAGAAACCUUCCUGUGCACGUUGCGUAAAGCGUGGUGAAACGUGCGUGUAUCUUGCCACAAAACGUGCGGGUCGCCGUUUUGACAGCAAUCCCCGUCCGGUGGACUCGUCUCAACUUUCUCCCACUGCCACAUCGACUUCAAACCUGGAUCGCUUUGACCUUGAUGUCUGGCUCAAGACUAAUGACGUCGAGGUCAACAACAAUGGCGAUAACAUAAACACAAGCAACGCAAGUACGCAUGCUGGCGUUUCCUCAGCGACGUCGUCCGAAGGCUCUGGUAGCGAUGAUAUAUUUCUGAGCCAAUUUCUUUCAUCGACUGGCUCAUCAAUUGAAACACCACGCUUUUCAUUGCAGAACACAGCGUCGACACCGUCUGUCUAUGACAUGCUGUUCAUGCCGAACCAAAUAUCCGCAGUCUCACCACCGACUACCACCCCGGAGUCUCUGAAUCUUGACACAGGGCUCUUUUCUCCAUCAAACUUGAACAUCGACCUUGCCGACCACCUACUCUGGAAUCCCAGUGUUCCCGACCCUAUACCAAUUGAAGAAGUGCACGAUCGCUCGCUGCCUCUUACGUCUCCAUCAACACCACCCGACAACUGUCUGACGCGGGCCACACAUAUGCUGCAGCAACAGUUCCAUCAGCAGGCCAAUAUGGGACGUCCCAGCAGUUCUUGUGCUCUGAGUGAACAGGAUCACAAACCAGAUACCCCAGUACCUCUUCUAGAUACGAUCAUCGAAACCAACAAGCAAAUGAUAGAUGCGGUUGGAAGCAUGCUGCAAUGCCCAUGCUUUCAUGACAAUUACCUCCUCACAAUUCUGUCUCUCAUUGUUUUCAAGAUUAUAGACUCGUAUGGAACAGCCGCGGUCACAUCUGAGGCUCGUGAGCCAGAGCCAGAUCCUUUACAAGAGGAUGCGUUGUACAUGGGUGCGCAGCAAGUUCUUGGCGAACUGCAUCGUGUGCAGCGGCUGGUACAUCAGAUUUCGGCCAAGAUCAAGAGUCAAGUGGACGUUGAAGGGCACCGGGCCAAGUCAAACUUCGCCACAUCUGGAAAUGAAUUCCAUGCUCCGGUAUCUUUGCCCUUUUCGACAGUCAUGCCAGACCAGCUGGAGGGGGAAAUGAGAAAACGGUUAAAAACGCUCUCUCUGGGCUUGGCAGCCUAUCUCAGAAGGGAUUGA